GUACGCGACUAUCGCAAUGAAAAGUCAUUUAUCGAUAUUUUACAAGGGCAAAUUUAUUAGUAAGAAAAAAGUAUGGCCACCUUAAUUGAGCGGCAUACUAUAUUUUCCAGCUGAUUAACAUACUGACCAUAGAAUACAACAAUAAUGGAAAAAUUGAAGAAAUCAAAGACGCUCAAGAAAUCAAAAGAGACUGCUCUGGUAGUGAAACUAAUUAAAACUCAACGCAAACAGAAAGAAGUGAACCGCGUGUUGAAACUGAAGCAUGAGAUUCUACUUAAAUCGGAAGUUUCCUACCUAGAAUAUAUUGAAAUGCGCUCCGAGCUUGAGAGACUAAAUACUUUGAAAGAGACAUUCACGCGUCGCCUUGAAAAAUUAAAACAACUGGCAAAAUAGUUGAUAGUUGUAUUAUCAAUGCAUUUUCAUUUAAUCUUAACCCAUAAUUAUAUUGACAAAAUAAGGUGUAUAUGCAUGAAAUGAAUAAAGAAUUUAUUUUAUGCAGGCUUUGACGUUGCGUGAAGAACA